UUUUACGCUGUAGAAAUUUUCGCAACCAGUAUUUUACAAUAAAAAGGUGGUUUUAAUUCAUAAAAAUAUUCGAAUAUUGUAAUAUAAGUGCUAAAGAAUCGUUUUGUAUUAAAUUUUGCUACAAGAAUCUAAUUUGAAAUGCAGAAAAGUGCGUUUGAAAAAAAUGUGAUACGAAGAAAGUCUUAAAGUGGUCAAGAAAAAUAUGUGAAAAUUUUUGCCAGCAGUAAAAGUGGUAGUGUGGAUAAAAAAUACAACAACAACGAUAUAGCCAAAGCAAUUUCUUAUAUUGUUUGUGGCCAGAAAAGUUACUACGCACCUGUCGAUGUAACCACCUUUACCAGCUAUACUCCAUUGCAUAGUGUUACCUAUUGUUUCAUUGAACGGAUUGCGCUAAAUAUCCAAAUGAGCUCAUCUUGGGUCCGUAUGGAUAAUAUUAAGCAGAAACUAUGACCCGACAAUAACAGUGUGUGUCGAAAAAAGUGAUAAACACAGUAGUUGCAAAAUGUUUACGAAAAAAUCUCAUGCGGAUAUAAAGAAGUCUACGGGCAAGUUUCAGGACUGCAAGAAGGAUUCCACAUCCCGCUUGCGUCAUUUGCGUACAAUUCUAGACAAUGUUGACCAAGAAGAGGCAAAAUCAUUAUUCGAAACGAACUAUAGUCACGUAUAUUUUAUACUCUACGACACCUUCAUCCAAGCGGAGGCGAACUUAAAGCAAAAAGAACUUCCGUUUCAUAUUGUACACAAAGCUCAUCGCGAAGAAUUGGACGGCUCGCUAUGGCUGCUCGAGAAGAUACUGUGUUGGCUGCCGGAGUUACUGGCACGGCGCUGGCAAUGCCACUCACUCAGUCGCAUUAUGGCCAAGUUGCUGCAUUUGGGGAACUCGCCGAAACUGCGGCGCGAGGGCGUGCGCUAUUUCCUCUUGUGGUAUCAGGCGCUGGGUGAAAAUGCACCCUCCUACGUGCAUUCCAUGUACGCCGAUCUGAUACCGGGUUUGAUAGUGCCGCAGAAAGGCAUUGUCGGCCCGGAUGUCGAGUUCAAUGCGACCGAUUUUCUCAAUCAUCCGAAUAUGAAAGUCGACGGCGGCACAACUUCGGUUUUCCACGAUACCUUUUCGCAUCCGGUGCAGAAUUCCGAAAUUGUGGCAUUGCUGCCGCCCUCCUCGAAUGAAAAAUCCGCACCGCCAGAUCCACGUGAUGGCCUGGAGAUUCUAUUAAAUAGUAUGUUGCAAACUGUUGCUUGUUUGCGCUGGCGCGACAAUCGCUCACAAAAGGAUCACAAGGCGUUUGCGUUUUUGCUGCAGCGUUUCAAGGACGUUUUCCUGCCCGUGUUCUGUCCCAACUUCGAUUUCAGCAUGUCCGUUUACGACCCACGUCUCGAAUUGCCCAUUAUGCGUUCGGUGAACAAGAAGGAGGAAGUGAUGUCCUCUUGUGUGGUGGUGCUGAUCAAUUGGAUCUCGCACUUCACGCAUGAGCGCACCAUGAAUCAUCGCCUAGAUAAUAUGCACAUCAAUGAGGGACAUCGUCUGCGCGCCUACCAGCAGAGCUUGAUUGUGCGCGAUGUGCUGUAUGCAACGCGCGAAAAUAUAAACUUCGUACACGAAGUAUAUCGACAAGCGUUCCUGUUGAAUUUCACAACGAAAUCGCAAAUCGAUGCGAUACGCACCGCAAUUGCUGUUUACCGCGACUGGAUGACGGGCACCACACCACCACAUUUCUUGCUCGAACCGGACGACAAUGGUAGUGGCAAUGCAGCGUUACCGAACAAUAGCUCGGCUGGCAGCACGCCGCGUAGUCAGCGCCUACGCACACCGUCCUACGUUGGUGCUAUGAGCAAGGAGAAUGUAGCGGUACGCGCUGGCCUACAAAAUGUGCUACAGAUUUUCGUCACAAAUGCCGCGAACGUGUUUCUGGUCAACACCAGUCAUUUAAACAUAAACUUUUCGACCAAAUCGCGCGACUAUCGCUCAACGCCUUUGCACGAGCAGACGGAGGUGUGCAAGAAAGUGCUGAAUGUCUACCGCACGAUGGUGAUGAAUACGCGCAUGGAGCCGAAGACGUGGGAACAGCUGUUGCUGGUUUUGCUGCAGGUGACAUCGAUUGUGUUGCAUCAGAACCUAUCCGGUUCGAAGAGUUCCAGUUUGGGUGGCAUACUUGGUCAGGCUAUCUUUCAAACGCUGAUUGUCACAUGGAUACGCGCACAUACCAAUGUGCCGGUGAAUGUGCAACUUUGGGAAAAAUUUCUCGCCGUGCUCGCUUCGCUAACGUAUCGCGACGAGCUGAUCAUCGAAUGGGAUAAGACAAUUCAAACUUUGACGCGCGUCUUUUCGCGUUAUGUAUACGCGCUGAAUUUGCAAGAUCUGCCGUUGGAUCGGCUGGCCGAAAGCAAGGGUAAGCGCCGACGCAUCGGCAGCGUAUGGCAGCAAUCGGGCGGCUCUGCUAUAGGCGCGUUAAAGGAAAGUCGUGAUCGUGAUAGCGCAGUCGAUCGCGAACGUGAAUCGAACAGCAGUCGUUCAGAUGAGCAAUCAAAUACGGGCACUGGUGGGCAGUUACACUCUCACCAACAUUCGCUGAGCAGCGGUGGCCAUGGCAUGCAUGCACAUGGCGGCGCAACAUUGCGUUCGGGACAUGCCGCCACCACGCCGCUGCUUAGUCGCAGCUAUAGUGAAGGUAGUUUGGCGUCAGUGGCGCGCAAUUCGCGCAUGCGCAGUCGGCGUCAUCGCAAUAUGCAAAAGAACGCUGUGCCACCGGUAUUGCCGACAAACGUCGAGCAUUCGCUGAGCGCGUUGCUGUCACAACAAUCGACAACGGAGUUGACGCUCAGUUCGGAAACGCUAAAUGCGCGGCGCUUUGGAGGCGGCGCCUACACGCAUGCUAUGCAACAGCACAACGAUAUGCGGCGCGCGAUGUCACUAGAUUCGGUAGCGAAUUUCGGCGCGCGCCCAAGGGGUCGCAAGCGUCGUCAACGCAGCUCCACACAUGGCGAUGACGAUGAAGAUGUGCUAGAUGGCGAGGACAAUGAAAGCGGCGCAGAUUCACGUAGUCCAUCGCCUACGGCCAGUAGCGGCAUUGAAGGCAGCUCUAUCAAGGAUGCACAAAUACAGAUGGAUGUGCUAGCGGUGGACAGCGGCAGCUUAGAAGAGGGUAGUUCCGGCAGUUUUCUCGGUUCCGAACGUCGCUCUAUAAUACUGGGUGGUGUGGCAACGGGCUGGUUGCCGGAUUCAACGGCUAUCAUGUGGAAGCGCAUGUUGGGCGCGCUCGGCGACGUCAAUCGCAUACCGAAAGCAGAGUUACAUGCACAGGUUUUCAAACAUCUACUUGACAUGACCACCAAUCUGAUAAAGAUCAAGCAAAAUCAGGGCAUUUCCACGGACAACCAAAGUACGCCGCCACCACCUACACUCGUACCGCCCAUCGGCAUUGUGGCGCCUUGGUGCUACGGCGCUCUUGAGUUAGAUAAAUCAUUCAAAAAGGGCAAGCUGUUAGCGCUACAGCUGCUCUGCUCGCUAGCCGUGCACGGCGCUGUGUCAGGCAUGCAACAUUUGCCGCUCUUCUAUCAUUCGUUGCAUAAAUUACUCACCGGUGAGGAUCGCGAUUUGAUUUAUGCAAUUCUAAAACAUGUUGAGGGUCCACGUUUCUUGAGCCUGCUACUGCCUGGCCACACGCUGCUGCUGUUAGACAUAGUGCACGCCUCGGCGAUACUACUCACCUCGCUUGAAGCGAAUCGCAACACACCGCGCGCCGAGGUAGCCGCCUUGCUCGGUUCGCUGCUCUGUUACCCUUCAACGCUCAUACCGCGUCCAGUAUUGCAACCGUCGCCACAAAUCUUCGAAUUGAUGGAGUGUCCCGAUCUGCAAGACCACAUACUAAACAUCGUGUUGCGUUGUGCCCGCCGCGAACCAUCCGCAAAAGCGCGCUGCAUCGCGCUUUCGCAGCUCGGUCAAUGGAUUUUGUUGAAGUUAUCCCAUCCGCUAAACACAAGUAGCCGUUCGCGCGGCUACUUUCAGCAAGCAAUUCCACAUCCACCUGGUGUGCAGCCGCGCGACCUGCACCAUAACUCGCAAUUCAAUCCACGCAUACGCGAAGCCUUACAAGUUCUGCUGCAAGCUUUGCAAUUCAAGCAUCGCACCAUUGCGAUUGUGGCGGUCGACGCUUUGAAGCUGUGCGCGGAACGCGGUCGUGAGCUGGCGUCUAUUGAGCGCUUGCCUCAGCUAAUUAUCACUGCUAUAUGUAAGGCGCUCGAAAUACAGCAAGUGGCGAAUCCGAAGGACUCUGACAAGAUUGUGCUGACUUCGUUGAUGCUUUGCCUGGGUGAAUACUGCAUGUCAUUUCCGGCGUCCUUAAUGUUGGCGCCGCUGAACGAACGCGGUGACACAUUGGUGUUGUUGGUGUUGCGCGUGCUAAUGCAAAUCGCCUCCGGCGCACCCAGACACGAACGCGUCAAAUUGACCGCCGACGACGACUUCGAUACGCACAUCUCCAGCGAUGACCUGCAGACGGACGGCAAGCUGCCUGAGGCGAACUACCAGACCUCGGAGACAAUACAGGCGUGCAUUAGCGCGAUAAAGAUGUGCGCCAAGGCUAUAGCUAUGCAUUUGGUUACACAUUUGGGACACUUUCCAAUGGGUAUUGGCGCGUCCAGACUCAGCUCGAUGGUGGAGGAGCAAGAUGAUGUCGCGGCAAAUGCCAGUUUGGGCGCACAGAGCGCUGGUGCCGAUGCGCGGCGCGACUCCGUUGAGUUGCCGUCAGUAUUGCAUGCACAGAAUUUGCAGCUCUUCAUGCUGAGUUCCGGCUUGGUGGCGAGUUUCAUUGAAUUGCCUGCGCUCAAGUUGCCCGGUGGUGGCGCGACAGCCGGCUUGAUAACCGCCGAGAAGCAAGUGCGUGUGUUGCUGCGCGAUUUGAAUGGGAAGGCCUGUUGGGAUGCAUCGAUACUGUACAGUGAGCCGCGUAAAUGCGUCAAAUCCAUGACAAAUGAAAGCACAACUUCGACGCAUGCGUCUGGUGGUAGCGUAGCUGUGGAGCGCAUGGGCGAUAGCAUGCACCGCAGCUUCAAUACAACGCCACAACAUCGAAAUAUGUCGCAGCCGAUGGAUUCGCUGAUAUCGUCAAUGAUUGGCCUAGAUGUGUUGCCACCGCGGCAUACUUUACGACAUCGUCCGGCGGGUGAGCUGCCACUAGCCAAGGACUUGGCGCCCGAUCUCGAUCAAUUAGAUGAUCUUUUGGCCUACAUCGGUCACACGAGUCCUGAGUGUUUAACGAAUCCUUUGGCGCAGCUCAAUACGCCUGGGCCCAGUCCACUGGGCAGCAGUUUGGAGGCACAAACCAUUUCCAUUAUACUCAAUCAGCGCGCGCUCGAACAAGAAUAUGUCUCAAAUCUGAAUCAACAAGCUUUGCAGAACAACACCAACAGCGCUGCGUCGCUACAUCACGAUCAACAUUCAAUGCAUUCGGUCGAACAAGCUUCACACGCGUCAUUCGAAUCAUACAAUACGACAAGUCUAACGGGACGCACGGAAAUUCCCUUCCAGUAUUGCCGCUUACUCUUCUCGCACCUCGGCAUGGCCGGCUGGGAACGGCGUUCGCGCACACACCUGUUGCAACGCACCGAAAAGCUAUUGCGCGAACUGCGCAAUGUGGAUCAACAGCGCUGUCGUGAGACACACAAAAUGGCAGUGAUUUAUGUGGCUUCUGGUCAGGAGGACAAGAGCAGUAUACUGAAUAAUGCAAGCGGCAGCAGCACUUAUGAAAUGUUCGUCUCAGCGCUGGGCUGGGAAAUCGACUUGGAAACACACAACGGCUUUCUUGGCGGUUUGCCACGUCAGGGGUGUGGCGCGACGGCGCCCUACUAUGCUACACCAUUUCUGGAGGUGAUUUAUCAUGUGGCUACGCGCAUGCCUUCUGAUUCGCCGGAGAAUUUGCUGCUGAAAACGCGUCAUCUGGGCAACGAUGAGGUGCACAUUGUGUGGAGCGAACAUUAUCGCGACUAUCGGCGCGAUAUAUUGCCGACAGAGUUCUGUGAUGUGUUGAUUGUGGUGUAUCCACUAAAGAAUGGUCUGUUCCGUGUGACGGUGAAUCGUAAGCCAGAGGUGCCUUGGUUCGGUCCAUUGGCUAAUGAGAGCAUCGUUAGUGGCGCCUGCUUGGCGACGCUGAUACGUGCAACAGCAAUCAACGCGAGUCGCGCCAAACGCGCAGCCAUGUCGCUCUUCCAGCAAUAUUAUGAGGAACGCAACCGUUCUUUGGAAAGCGUCUCAUCGCGUUACAAGGAGAGCACCACCUUUGAGGACUUCGCAAAUCGCAUCUACAAUCCAAUGCCGCUGCGUGAUACCGGCGCAGCAGCGCCACUGGCAGCUGCUUUGAUCGAUCACCAUCGUUCAUCAAUAAAGGGUUGGGUGCAGGCUUCCAUCGAUUCCAAUACAAGAGAUCUAAUGCACACGGGUCUGGCGCCCUCUGCUUCGGCCACCACCACCGCUGCCAUGGAGGCGGCCACGAACAGCUCAUCAUCGCCGCGCGGCGCACGCAAAUUGGGCGCGCCCUUUAAAAGCGUGAACGUGCCAAAGAAAAACGCUUUGCAGUCGAGUAGCAACACACCACCGGAAAGCCCAACAUUGCCUCUGCGGCGCUUCAAAUAAUUAUAUAAAAUAAGCUACAUUUAAUGAAGAAAUAUUAGAAAAUUCGUUGAAAAGCCAGUCAUCAGAAUGCGCGCUGCAGAGGCCAGUUUGUUUGCUUUUAUUUCAAAUGUGCAAAAUAUUAUUCAUUCCCUUGUGGUUUUUUGUUAACACUUGUUCGGAAUGAAUUAAGUUCAAAUUUAUUUUAUGUAAUUAACAUAACCGUUAGUGUGUAUUUGCUGUAGAAAGCAUGUCAUUUUUCAGUUAUGCACAUUUACACUUUCAAUUUUAGUCGCAAACUAUUUAAAGUAAAAACACACAUUUCAAAAGUAUUUGUAUUGCAACUUAACUAUGUUCUCUAUCUCACUUACACUCUCUAAAUAUUAAUAAUUAUACAUGCGUAUAUAUUUUAUUUAUGUUAAACAAGUAUAUUUAAGUUAAACUAAUUUUGUAUUAACUUUUAAACUUUGUGUGUUGUAUUAUAUUAUUAUAUUUAAAGGCAUACAUGGCGUGCUGUGUAGUUGUAUUGUAAUUUUAUUAUAUCUAUAGGCUAUAAUUCUUUAAAAUAAUAAUUCAGUGAACGCCGCAAAUCUCCGUUCCA